AUGUUCUCUCACCUAAACUGGCGGGCAUCGUCCCGAACACUAGCAGCCCCUGCUCGACUCUUCAGUCAAACCCCCAUCGUCCCCGCAAAACCCCUUCCCCCACGCCUCAAGAUCAAUGAUGCCGACAUAUCAAUAUCUUACCUAAAAGGCACCGGGCCUGGCGGACAAAAGAUUAAUAAAACCAACUCAGCCGUCCAAAUCAUUCACAAGCCCAGCGGGGUGGUAAUCAAAUGCCAGGCAACGCGCUCCCAAUCGCAGAAUGCGAAGAUUGCGCGCUCGCUACUUGCUGAUAGAGUCGAAGCGCGGGAGAAGGGGGAUAAUAGUCGGAUUGCGAUUAAGGCUGCGGCGGCGAAGAAGAAGAAGGCUAGCAAGUUGAAAAAGACGAGGAGGAAGUAUCGUGAGCUUGGAGAGGGGGCAAAGAAGGGAGAAAUUGUUGGGGAGAAGGAAGAAGAAGAUGAGAUUGAGAUAAUAUGGGAUGAUGAUGUAAAGGAGGGAGAGAAUAAGGAGGCUACAUCGGAGGUUGGAGAUGAGUCCAGGUCCCCUGGGGAGUUCGGAAAGAGUGUUUGA